AUGACGCGGGAGUGGCUGAUGGCCUGGAAAAGAAUUGUGGUGUCCAGAGUAGACGCGCCCAGAUUCGCAUUUCUACACAGAAGAAGUGGCCAAGUUGCGACACAAGCGCUUUCCAUGAGGCCAGAAUGGCUGAGAAAUCAGGAGGCGGUUCCCUUCACUGCCAAGAGAGUCGAUAUUGUCGAUGAUGGCAAAGAUGAUUUGCAUGGGUAA